CGAGCAGCGACGCAAAGCAAAGCAAAGCAAAGCGAAGCCACCCCCAUCAUCUCUGCUCCGCUCCCUCCCACGCUUUUCUCACUCUCCCCCUCGGGCGCCUCUCGCCUCCAUCAUCCCCCCCACCGCUCCGAUGGCCUCCUCUGUCUCUGACCCUCCACUCCUUCCCGUCGUCGUCGUCCUCCUCCUCCUCUCCGCCGCCCCAUUCCUCGCAUUCUCCUCGGAGCCUCUCAACGCCGAAGUGAUGGCGCUGGUGGCCAUCAAGCAGGGGCUGGUGGACGCGCACGGCGUGCUGAGCAACUGGGACGAGGACUCCGUCGACCCCUGCAGCUGGGCCAUGAUCACCUGCUCCCCCCACAACCUCGUCAUUGGCCUGGGAGCGCCCAGCCAGGGCUUGUCGGGGACCCUGUCCGGGAGGAUCGCCAACCUCACUAAUCUUGAGCAAGUGCUGCUGCAGAACAACAACAUCACGGGGCGGCUGCCGCCGGAGCUGGGCGCGCUGCCGAGGCUGCAGACGCUGGACCUCUCCAACAACCGCUUCUCCGGCCGCGCGCCCGGCACGCUGGGCCGCCUCUCCAAGCUCCGGUACCUGAGGCUAAACAACAACAGCUUGUCGGGGCCGUUCCCCGCGUCGCUGGCCAGCAUCCCACAGCUCUCCUUCCUGGACUUGUCCUACAACAACCUCUCCGGCCCUGUCCCGUUCUUCCCCACAAGAACCUUCAACAUCGUGGGCAAUCCGAUGAUCUGCGGCAGCCAUGUCGACUGCGCCGCCGCGCUGGCUCCGGCCACCGGGCCAUUCCCGCUGGCAUCCACGUCCACCCCGAGCAGCAGGAGCAGGUCAAAGGCUGGCGCGGUGGGAGUGGGAGUAGGGACAGGCCUGGGCGCCUCCUCCCUGCUGCUUUUCGCCGUGUCCUGUCUUCUUUGGAGCCGCCGGCGCCGGCAGCGCUGCCCCUCCCUCCUCGGUAAGCAAGCGCCGCCGUCGAUCAUCCUCCUCUGUCACGCAUAUUAUCAUGUCAAUGAUUCAUUAUUGGAUGCAGAGCAAGGUGGUAGAGAUUUGGAGGGCGGGGUGGCGGCGCGGCUGGGGAACGUGCGCCAGUUCGGGCUGCGGGAGCUGCACGCGGCCACGGACGGGUUCAGCGCCAGGAACAUCCUGGGCAGGGGCGGGUUCGGGGACGUGUACCGGGGCCGGCUCGCCGACGGCACGGCCGUGGCCGUGAAGCGGCUCAAGGACCCCAGCGGCGCGUCCGGGGAGGCGCAGUUCCGCACGGAGGUGGAGAUGAUCAGCCUCGCCGUGCACCGCCACCUGCUCCGCCUCCUCGGCUUCUGCGCCGCCGCCUCCGGCGAGCGCCUCCUCGUCUACCCCUUCAUGCCCAACGGCUCCGUCGCCGCCCGCCUCCGAGGGAAGCCGGCGCUGGGGUGGCAGACGCGGAAGCGGAUCGCGGUGGGGGCGGCGCGGGGGCUGCUGUACCUGCACGAGCAGUGCGACCCCAAGAUCAUCCACCGGGACGUCAAGGCCGCCAACGUGCUGCUGGACGAGCACCACGAGGCCGUCGUCGGCGACUUCGGCCUCGCCAAGCUGCUCGACCACGGCGACUCGCACGUCACCACCGCCGUGCGCGGCACCGUCGGCCACAUCGCCCCCGAGUACCUCUCCACGGGCCAGUCCUCCGACAAGACGGACGUCUUCGGCUUCGGCGUCCUGCUGCUCGAGCUCGUCACCGGCCAGCGCGCGCUCGAGGUCGGCAAGGGCUCCGGCCUCAGCCUCACCCACAAGGGCGUCAUGCUUGACUGGGUGAGGAAGGUGCACCAGGAGAAGAUGCUGGACUUGCUGGUCGACCAAGAGCUGGGGCCUCACUACGACAGGAUCGAGGUGGCCGAGAUGGUGCAGGUCGCCCUGCUCUGCACCCAGUUCCAGCCGUCCCACCGCCCGAGGAUGGCCGAGGUGGUGCGGAUGCUCGAAGGCGACGGCCUCGCCGACAAAUGGGAGGCCACCAACCGGCCGCCGCGCGACGGCCUUGGCGACGACCACCGCAACGACCCCAACGGGUGGGGCUCCUUCAACGACUACCAUGACAAUGGCGGCAGCAGCCUCGGCAGCGACGAGGCGCGGUCAGUCGACAUGGCGGAGGAGAUGGAGCUGUCAGGGCCGAGGUAGCGGCGCUGCAUGUUCAGAAAGAACAGCCAAAUUCAGAGCACUUCGAGAGAAAAGAAAGAGAUAGAGGGGUGGGGUGGGGGAGAGAAUGGGGAUUGGAUUUGUUGCUAGCUAGUACGUAGUUUCAUAGCUAGUAGUAUAAGAUGUUCAGUUUUAGUCGACGAGAUGUGUAGCUUCUGAUCAAGCGUUCGCUUUCCCUAGAAAGAUGUAAAGAAAAUUUGUUGGCUUCUCUUUUACGGGGAUCCAUUUCCGCACACAAGCAUCGAGAACAGAGAAUUUCAUACGCAACCUCAAGAUGAUCUUGUUGAGCAUCAAUGGCAUCUCCAUAGCACUUCA